CUUGCUUAAUGGUGUUUUGCAAACUAAUGCCGAGAAUACUCAAGAGCUUUUAAAUUACUUUGAAUAAAAUAUUAUGCAGCACUUGCCAGCUUGCGAACAUUAUUAAACAUAUCGGCACUUCAUAUAUUUAUCCCCCGAUGACCCGAAGCGCCUUACCGCAAACAGGACCGGUCUUAGAGUAGACACAUUACAUCUACAGGAUGCUAUAUAAAAGCAAACAUUUCAACAUUUUGAAAAACAAGGUCGUUUCUGAAUUAAGUCUUAACUUAGCCAAAUCGUUAGCAUUCACUAUUAAUUACCCACUCAACAAUAAUCAACUCAUUAUUACCAUCUAUUAAUUUCACGGUUGGAAGUAUAAAGGACUUCAUCUUUUCAACACUAACAAAGCUUGUCGCAAUCGGGUCACGGGUUUACUCUAAGCUGUCCAAUUUAUUUAAUUUACGUACGGUACUAGUAUUUGUUAUGUAAACUGAGUGUCGUAUCCGGCUUCGACCUCCAGAAGGUCUUUGGGUUCUGUAUGGUAUAGAGGUGCGGCGAAGCGGGUGGGUCUUCUCUGAUAUUGGAAGUGAAAGUGAAUGAAUGUCGGAGGCUUAAUUAGAGAGGAGAGCUGCGGCUGCGUCAGUCCCUCCGACACCGCCGCACUGUACACCUGUGCACCGCGUACACUGCCGCACGCGCCGCCACUACCGCUAGUCCGCUAGUCCGCACGCAAGCGCAUCAUCCGACUCCGUUCGACAUUAUCUCAAAGAUGAGCCGGCACGUGUGCCUCGCGGCCGUCGCCUUUUUGGCCGCCCUCUGCGUCGCUGAUGCCCAAAGACGCCUGGCUCUACCAGACCCCAGGAGUUGCGCUAACCGUGUUCGUCACUCAACUUACCGCGACGGCCGAGGAGUCCUCCACUCGUACUUCUUCAGUUGGGAACAUGCCCCCACUCGUAACCUGGAGGUCGACUGGUUGGACGCCAGGAACAUCUGCCGUCGCCACUGCAUGGACGCCGUUUCACUAGAGACCCCACAGGAGAACGAAUUCGUGAAGCAAAGGAUCGCUCGCGGUAACGUCCGCUACAUCUGGACUUCUGGUCGCAAAUGCAACUUCGCCGGCUGCGACCGCGCUGACCUGCAGCCCCCGAACGUGAACGGCUGGUUCUGGUCCGGAUCCGGCGCUAAGAUCGGGCCCACCACCCAGCGUAACACCGGCGACUGGUCCUACACUGGUGGAUACGGACAAGCCCAGCCCGACAACCGCGAAGCUGCUCAGGGUAACGACGAGUCCUGCCUGGCCAUCCUCAACAACUUCUACAACGACGGCGUGAAGUGGCACGACGUGGCCUGCCACCACGUCAAGCCCUUCGUGUGCGAGGACAGCGACGAGCUCCUCAACUUCGUGCGCUCGCGCAACCCCGGCCUCCGCCUAUGAAACCUCUAACACAUCGCACUUUCGCCCUCUAGUACUUUAGAUGGCUGACAUUGUACAAAACCAAGUGUCUUAUAUUAAGUUAUUUAUUAAAUUAACAAAUUGUUCACAAUUUGGAUAUUUUAAUCAAUAUUAGCCAUAACUACAUCUUCGAAUCGACUGUGACAAAAUCAAGAUCAUCUGCUGUCGAACUCCAUGGAUAUUUGAUACCUUGAAAUGGAAAGAAGGACAAUGAGAAGCAAGAUCCUGUUCGUCAGUCAUCAUCUAAACUACAUGCUAUCAUUAUAUUCUAGUAAUUUAUAAAUUGUAAAAAGUAUUUUGCACAAAUAGGAUUAACAUUUAAGUGUUAGAUUAAAUAAAAACAAUAUUUGUUUACAAAA